GCCUGGUCUUGGCCAGAAGAUAUCAAUACGGGGAAUCACGAUGCGUUUUCAACUGAAAAUUAUCAUCCUCCUGGAACCUUCGCAGAAGAAGAGCCUGAGCCGAAGUUCGAGUCAGAAACACAACCAGAAGAUGCUGGUCCUCUUCCGAGGCAGAGGCACUAUCCACCACGAACAUGUAGGAUAUGCUUGGAAGAAGUGCCGCCAACCUACGACGGGCUGACCGGUGGCAUACCUUCUAUCCUUCAUCCAGCCCCAAAAGUCAGAUACGUUUCUCCAGAUUUGGGUCGCCUGAUCCGACCUUGCAAGUGCCGCGGCUCUCAGAAAUACGUCCAUGAAGGUUGUCUACAGGCAUGGAGACAUGCAGAUCCAGCGUACGGACGACGCAACUUUUGGGAAUGUCCAACCUGCAAGUUCAAAUAUAGUCUGGAGAGGAUGAGAUGGAGUCGAGUCAUUACGAGCACGAUGACACAGAUUGUUCUCACAUUUGCGAUUAUGCUGGCUGCGGUCUUUGUCUUCGGAUUCGUUGCAGAUCCGAUUAUCAACCUCUACCUUGAUCCUUAUGAGACUAUUACCUCCAUACCCACUGGCGGACCGCGUCUACUUCUCGAAGAUGAGGAGGCUUCUUGGGCUGAGCAUUUUCUGAAAGGAUUGGCCUCCCUUGGGCUUCUAGGUUUCGUGAAGGUAUUUUUUGCAAUGUCUCCUUGGCACUGGUGGAAUCUACGCCAAACAGGCAUCUUGGGUGGCGGCCGCAGAAGAGGCGGGACUGGAAGGGACCGCUUAGAGGAUAUUUCUUGGACUGUCGUCAUCAUUGGAGUCGUAACCUUCUUAGCUGCCGUAUGGACUUGGGUGCGUUCUUGGACAAAGAAUGCCCUUGAAAAGGCAGGUGAACGAGUUGCCGAUGUCCAAGGAGAUGAGGACGAAGAU